AUGGUGCAACUCGAAUACAUGGAAACUAUUUUUGAAAAGGCGGUAGCCGCUGAAAAAUCGGAUCCAUUGGCUGCCAUCAAGUUAUUUACGAGUAUUGUAGAGAGAGAUGUGGAUCCUUCACAAGAAGAUGACGUCAGGCAUAAGGAACAAUCCAUUUUGAAGCUUGGUACACUUCUGUUUGACCAAAAAAAUGCAGAAGCUCUUGCUGACCUCAUCAAAAAGACUCGUCCAUUUUUAGGAUUGGUCAGCAAAGCCAAAGCAGCCAAUUUGGUUCGGGCAUUGGUUGAUCAUUUUCUUGACUUGGAGGCAGGGACUGGCAAAGAGGUUGACUUAUGCAAAGACUGCAUCACUUGGGCUAAGAAUGAGAAAAGGACAUUUCUCCGCCAACCUCUUGAGGCUCGUCUUAUCUCUGUCUAUUAUGAUACUAAAAAUUACCAAGAAGCCCUGGCUCUUUCUGCUACCCUGCUGAAGGAACUGAAAAAACUGGAUGACAAAGCUCUCCUUGUGGAAGUCCACUUACUUGAGAGCAAAAUUUAUCAUGCACUGACAAACUUGCCCAAGGCCAGGGCUGCUUUGACUGCUGGGCGAACUACAGCCAAUGGAAUUUAUUGUCAACCCAAACUGCAGGCUGCACUUGAUCUACAGUCAGGUAAAUGUUUUCUUGUGCUCUGA